AUGGAAGCUGAUGUGGGCAGUCAUAAUAGUUUCCUGGGCAUUUUUUAUCCCAAUGACAGCUCGUAUGCCAAUGACGACCUUACUGAUCGGGAGAGGGAGACAUUCAAGGGGCUCGCUUCGGAAGAGUGCCGCUUUUCUUUUGCCGACCAUUGUUUAGUCUCCUAUCGAGUGAUGUUGAUUGUGUGGUAUGCUAUGGGUCCGCCGCUUGCGACACAAGGCGGAGAUGGAGAGUCGACUGGUGACGGUCAACUGAUAAUGCUUUAUAUGCAUGGUAUGGAACCAUCUGAAGAUGAUUACGACUUGUCUAAGAUAUCGCAAUGGAAAGUUGAGAGGACGGUUGAUGGUAAACUAUUCGAUGAUAUUGUAAUUGUCGCAAGCUCCCUUAAUGGUGAUAAUUCUUCUAUCAAUGCUGCUAUCGAUGAUGAUCCUGACAACAAUGACAAUGGUGGUGGUGGUGGUGACCGUUCAUGGGAGAUCACAUCAACUCGUGCUUAUUUUAUUAAAUUGAAUGAUUAUGAUGUGAUAUAG